AUGUCGGUCACAACAAUUCCGCUCGAACGCCUCACAUUUUCCGCACGAGCGGAAACGAGUCAGGCCGCAGCCAUGCGAGACGUUCAAUUCGACAGGAUACAACUCGAGACGGAAGGGAACGGGGCGACGGUGGUUGGAGAUAGCAAGGAUGUGUCGGCCAUGAGCUUCGCCGGGACAUCAUCGUUUAGAGACAAUCAACCUUCGUCCGGCCUUCAUUUCCUGACCGCAGAACACCCCCUUUUCCCACAAAUGCCAUCGUAUGGCCCCCUAUCUGCCUUGCGCAUGGUUCGAUACUAUAUGUUCAUCGUCGCCUCUUUCACCCUGUCGCUAUGCUUUUUGACGGUCAUAUUUGUUGGGGCCCUGGUCCACGCAGCCAGAAUCGCAUUUUCAGAAGCUCGUCUGCGAUGGAGCGGUCACAACCCAAACACGAGGAGGUCGUUCUACACCGAGGAACAGGCGCGCAGGAAGGCGCGGGCUAAUGCCGAUCGAAGAUGGACUCUACGUCAGCAGAAGAGGGAUAUGGACGAGGAACAGGGACUCGAAGAAUGUCAAGAAUGCCCGUCGUUGGAAGGAGGCAAGGACCCUGUGGUUGGCGACGUCGCAUACUAUGCUCGCCGAGUUGGUCUCGAUGUGGAAACAUUUCGUGUCCAGACUGAGGACGGGUUUAUCAUCACACUAUGGCAUGUGUACAAUCCACGGGAGUAUGAGGCGCUAUCACCAGAAGAGCGGCGUGAGCGUGGACCCGAAGUUUUCACUAAACCGAGAACUCGGAUCACAUCUCGUCCACACUCUAACCGUCGGUAUCCUGUUCUCCUGGUCCACGGAUUGCUGCAAAGUGCUGGUGCUUUCUGUGCCAAUGACGAGGAUAGUCUGGCAUUUUACCUCUGCAAGUGCGGUUAUGACGUUUGGUUAGGGAAUAACCGUUGCGGGUCCCAUCCAGAGCAUACAACUCUAUCUACCGACGAUCCGCGUAUGUGGUCUUGGGACGUGCGACAUCUCGGGACCUUGGACCUUGCAGCGCUCACUUCGCGUGUUCUCUACGAGACUGGGUUCGAGAAGCUGGGCCUUGUUUGUCACUCCCAGGGAACCACGCAGACCUUUGUUGCUCUAGCCAAGGAACAUCGUCCUGAGUUGAGUGAAUACAUUUCGGUUUUCUGCGCGCUUGCGCCGGCUGCAUAUGCCGGUCCUCUUGUGAGCAGACCGUAUUUCCGAUUCAUGAGCCGUAUCUCUCCAACGAUAUUUCGAGUUAUUUUCGGGAUCCAUUCUUUCAUUCCGUUCAUGAUGACCGCUCGACGUUUACUCCCGUCUAGGAUUUAUGGAACCCUAGCAUACUGGGUGUUCUCCUUUUUGUUUGACUGGUCAGACACGCGCUGGGAGCGUGAUCUGCGCCAUAGAAUGUUUCAAUUUGCUCCUGUUUAUGUUAGCGCCGAGUCGAUGCGCUGGUGGCUGGGAAGCGACAGUUUCGCGAAACAUAAAUGCAUUCUAUCUACAGAUGAGGAGCUCUUCCAAGGGACGAACGCAAGCCCGCAUUUACGAGACCCCGUUUCUGAUCAUGGGGACAAUCCCGGAGACGCAUGCUUGGGAACCCCGGCCCCGAGCCCUUGGUAUGGCCCAAGAACACCGCCGUUUGCUCUCUGGAUUGGAGGCGCUGACGAUCUUGUUGAUGGUCGCCGGCUUCUGAAUCGCCUCCAAAGCGGCCGGGAGCCCCAUGUGAGUCUCGUUCAUUCGAAAAUCAUAGAAGAAUAUGAGCAUCUCGAUGUACUUUGGGCGAUGGACGCGAUCGACCAGGUUGGCAGGGAAGUCAGCCAGGUCAUUUGGACAACUGUCCCUGAUGAUGCACGUCAGAUAUGUCGCGUCCCGCGAGGUUUGAAUCCAGACAUGAUGGAAAUGGGUUAG